AUGUGCGCAUGCUCCACACUCGCCGGACACAGGGCGGCCGGCAGGGGGCGUCUCCGGACGCUGAGGGAGCCGGCUGGGCCGGGCUGCUACCUGCGCACGCGCAGCGGGAUCGAGCUUUACGACAGGCCGGAAGCCGGCCCGGCUCUUCGCGCGCUGGCGGUUGUCCUGGCAACCGUGUGCUCAGCGGGCUGGAGCCUAUUGGUGCGCCAGUUUGAGGGGGCGGCUCCGGGCUCCACACACAAGCACGUGACUGUUUUCCCCUCAUGGCCACUGUGUCCCACCAGCCACCACUCUCCUGCUCUUCCCUCCACAGAUGCAGUGAGCUGGGCCCGAGGACGCCCGGGUCACCCUGAUACACCAUCCAACAUCUACGAGGGGGGGCUGGGGGCCCAGCAGCAGCCACAGUGCCCCCGUGCCCAGGGAAGCAAGCCCAAGAACUUCCGGCUGCGCCACCUCCGGGGCCUGGCUCUCUACCUGCCAGGCCAUAUGCAGCUUGCUGGCCAGUGUGAGAGCCACUGGCUGGGCCGGCUCAUGGCCUGGGGGUGCUUCCCACAGCCAGAGGGCAUGGCCUGGCCCCUGGACCUACCACAGGGGAAUCUGGGCCCAGGUAUCAGCCACUGCUCAGUCCUUCUGGAAGCUCAACUGCCCAGGGGCAGCCUGGGAAAUAUAGCUUCCAGCUCCAGCAUGGACUCAGCCAAGGGUGUCCCCUCCCAGCCCAGUCCCCCUGAAGGCUUGGGGCUCAGACCCAAGAGAUCCUGGGGGGCCUCAGAGGAGUCCACAUGUCCCUUAUGCAAGAGAACUCGCUCUGGGGCUCUUGAGAGGCCAUAGGAACCCAAGUGCCAGGGCUGGUUUGCCUCAGCUCGGGACAGGAGAGCAAAGGGUGGCCCAGGAGGAGGGGGGCAGGUCCAGGGAGGAAGGGCUCAGCCUGCACCAGGAGCGCCUCCACACCGGGGUGCCUGGGAGCCACCCAGCACCAGGGCCUGGGCCAGCCUUGGGAAAACUUAAGGGGGAGGAGGAGGUCCCGAGGGAGGGACAGAAAAAUAGGAGCUCAGGGGUGCCCUUGCAGCCUGCUCCAACUCAAGUCAGCCACCUGUACCUGGGAGGCCGGGCAGAGCAGAGAGCUGGGCUCCCGAGGGGCCAGGGAGCCCGCAAGUCUGAUCGCAAUAAAAGCCAAAGCCUGGAGUUCCCGUUGUGGCGCAGUGGUUAACGAAUCCGACUAGGAACCAUGAGGUUGCGGGUUCGGUCCC